AUGGGGGUGUUGUAUAAUGUUGAUAAGUUUGUUCAAGCGCAUAAUCAUUCUUUUGUGUGCCCCAAAGAUAUGCAUUUAUUACCGGCUUAUAGGCAUCUUUCCGAAACACAAGAAGAGAUGAUAUGGGAGCUUGGUACUUUAAAUCUUGGGCCGGUGAAAGCCUUCAAUAUAAUGAGACAAAGAUACGGAGGUUUUGAAAAUGUUGGCACAACUAAAGACGACUGCAAGAAUUUUAGAGCAAGGAUACAUAGCUAUAUAGGAGAGUAUGAUGCAGAUAUGGUUAUCAAUAGGAUGACCGAUAAAAAGCAGUUUAUGGUUGAUUAUUCAUUUGUACAUUCAGUUGAUGAAAUCAAGAGAUUAACUGGCCUGUUCUGGGCCGAUGGUUUGUGCAAACGUAACUAUGCUGAGUUUGGAGAUGUCAUAUCAUUUAAUGCUACGUUCAAAACCAUCAAGUAUAAUAUGGUUUUUGUACCCUUUACUGGUAUUGAUAACCACUGUCGGAAUGUGAUGCUUGGAGCCGGGAUGUUAGCAUCCGAAAGCAUUGAAUCAUACAAAUGGCUCUUACAAUCAUUUUUGGACUCAUUUGGUAAGCAGCCGAAGGUGGUCGUCACUGAUCAGGACCCGACGAUGAAACAAGCUAUCGAGGCUAUGUUCGAUAAGAGUAGGCACAGAUUAUGUAUGUGGCACAUAAUGAAGAAAGUUACCGAUAAGGUGGGACAUGAGUUGUGUAACAAUGAAGAUUUCAAGAGACGUAUGUGUGACAUUGUGUGGACUGAUUCGAUUGCGCCAGAAACGUUUGAGAGAGAAUGGAAAUUGAUAAUGAUUGAAUUCGGUCUAACCGAGAAUAAAUGGGUUGACGAUAUGUUUGGCAUGAGAUCUUCGUGGAUUACACCUUUCUAUCGUCAUGAGCCUAUGUCUGGGCUCAUGCGUACCACCUCCAGAUCAGAGAGCGAAAACCCUUUUUUCUGUCAGGUGGCGAAUUCUCAACUUACCCUUGUUGAGUUUUUUUAA